CAGCAGAAUCUGAGGUAUAAAGAGAAUUCCUAAAGUGCUGACCAACCCAUUUUAUUUUUAUAAAAAUGUCUUCUUUUUUUUUUGUAAUGCUUUCGAAGGGGUUGGGGACUACUGCGUUCAAGUUGUUGUAAAAUAGAGUAACUAGGGCAGGGUUGUCACUGAAAAGAUUGUUCUUUCAAUAAUAACCCAGUAGGCCCCAUUUACUGAGUAUUGAUUCUGUGUGUCUUGGGCUUUGCAUAGGUUAGGGAAACCGACAGACUUGUAUCAUCACCAUCGUCAUCACCCCGUGUCACACAUGAGGACAUGGAGUUUCCCCAAGUCUCACAGCCGGGGGUGGGAGUGGAUCUGGAGUCCCCUAACCCCGUGCUACCCUCUGUUGACUGAGACCUGGAUCUCAGUGUAGAGUUCUUGCUUGGUGGGGCAAAGAGGAGGGCUGAACUGGCCUCCCCAGCAAUCUUGUCCUACAGUUUUCGGGAGUGGCCAGAGAUUUCUCCACAUAUUCAUAGGGCCUACCUAUUGGAAGAGCCGAAUGCACAUAAGGUCGCCAGCCCACCCUCCGGACCCGCAUACCCCGAUGAUGUCCUGGACUAUGGCCUCAAGCCAUACAGCCCCCUUGCUAGUCUCUCUGGCGAGCCCCCCGGCCGAUUCGGAGAGCCGGAUAGGGUAGGGCCGCAGAACUUUCUGAGCGCGGCCAAGCCAGCAGGGGCCUCGGGCCUGAGCCCUCGGAUCGAGAUCACUCCGUCCCACGAACUGAUCCAGGCAGUGGGGCCCCUCCGCAUGAGAGACGCGGGCCUCCUGGUGGAGCAGCCGCCCCUGGCCGGGGUGGCCGCCAGCCCGAGGUUCACCCUGCCCGUGCCCGGCUUCGAGGGCUACCGCGAGCCGCUUUGCUUGAGCCCCGCUAGCAGCGGCUCCUCUGCCAGCUUCAUUUCUGACACCUUCUCCCCCUACACCUCGCCCUGCGUCUCGCCCAAUAACGGCGGGCCCGACGACCUGUGUCCGCAGUUUCAAAACAUCCCUGCUCAUUAUUCCCCCAGAACCUCGCCAAUAAUGUCACCUCGAACCAGCCUCGCCGAGGACAGCUGCCUGGGCCGCCACUCGCCCGUGCCCCGUCCGGCCUCCCGCUCCUCGUCACCUGGUGCCAAGCGGAGGCAUUCGUGCGCCGAGGCCUUGGUUGCCCUGCCGUCCGGAGCCUCACCCCAGCGCUCCCGGAGCCCCUCGCCGCAGCCCUCAUCUCACGUGGCACCCCAGGACCACGGCGCCCCGGCUGGGUACCCCCCUGUGGCUGGCUCUGCCGUGAUCAUGGAUGCCCUGAACAGCCUCGCCACGGACUCGCCUUGUGGGAUACCCCCCAAGAUGUGGAAGACCAGCCCUGACCCCUCGCCGGUGUCUGCCGCCCCAUCCAAGGCGGGUCUGCCUCGCCACAUCUACCCGGCCGUGGAGUUCCUGGGGCCCUGUGAGCAGGGGGAGAGGAGAAACUCGGCUCCCGAAUCCAUCCUGCUGGUUCCGCCCACUUGGCCCAAGCCGCUGGUGCCUGCCAUUCCCAUCUGCAGCAUCCCAGUGACUGCAUCCCUCCCUCCACUUGAGUGGCCGCUGUCCAGUCAGUCAGGCUCUUAUGAGCUGCGGAUCGAGGUUCAGCCCAAGCCACAUCACCGGGCCCACUAUGAGACAGAAGGCAGCCGAGGGGCUGUCAAAGCUCCAACUGGAGGCCACCCUGUGGUUCAGCUCCAUGGCUACAUGGAAAACAAGCCUCUGGGACUUCAGAUCUUCAUUGGGACAGCUGAUGAGAGGAUCCUUAAGCCGCACGCCUUCUACCAGGUGCACCGAAUCACGGGGAAAACUGUCACCACCACCAGCUAUGAGAAGAUUGUGGGCAACACCAAAGUCCUGGAGAUCCCCCUGGAACCCAAAAACAACAUGAGGGCAACCAUCGACUGUGCGGGGAUCUUGAAGCUUAGAAACGCCGACAUUGAGCUGCGGAAAGGCGAGACGGACAUUGGAAGAAAGAACACGCGGGUGAGGCUGGUUUUCCGAGUUCACAUCCCAGAGUCCAGUGGCAGAAUCGUCUCUUUACAGACUGCAUCUAACCCCAUCGAGUGCUCCCAGCGAUCUGCUCACGAGCUGCCCAUGGUUGAAAGACAAGACACGGACAGCUGCCUGGUCUAUGGCGGCCAGCAAAUGAUCCUCACGGGGCAGAACUUUACGGCCGAGUCCAAAGUUGUGUUUACUGAGAAGACCACAGAUGGGCAGCAAAUUUGGGAGAUGGAAGCCACGGUGGAUAAGGACAAGAGCCAGCCCAACAUGCUUUUUGUUGAGAUCCCUGAAUAUCGGAACAAGCACAUCCGCACACCUGUAAAAGUGAACUUCUACGUCAUCAAUGGGAAGAGAAAACGAAGUCAGCCUCAGCACUUUACCUACCACCCAGUCCCAGCCAUCAAGACGGAGCCCACGGACGAAUAUGACCCCACUCUGAUCUGCAGCCCCACCCAUGGAGGCCUGGGGAGCCAGCCUUAUUACCCCCAGCACCCGAUGGUGGCCGAGUCCCCCUCCUGCCUCGUGGCCACCAUGGCUCCCUGCCAGCAGUUCCGCACGGGGCUCUCAUCCCCUGACGCCCGCUACCAGCAACAGAACCCAGCGGCCGUACUCUACCAGCGGAGCAAGAGCCUGAGCCCCAGCCUGCUGGGCUAUCAGCAGCCGGCCCUCAUGGCCGCCCCGCUGUCCCUUGCGGACGCUCACCGCUCUGUGCUCGUGCACGCCGGCUCCCAGGGCCAGAGCUCAGCCCUGCUCCACCCCUCUCCGACCAACCAGCAGGCCUCGCCUGUGAUCCACUACUCACCCACCAACCAGCAGCUGCGCUGCGGAAGCCACCAGGAGUUCCAGCACAUCAUGUACUGCGAGAAUUUCGCACCAGGCACCACCAGGCCUGGCCCGCCCCCGGUCAGUCAAGGUCAGAGGCUGAGCCCCGGUUCCUACCCCACAGUCAUUCAGCAGCAGAAUGCCACGAGCCAAAGAGCCGCCAAAAACGGACCCCCGGUCAGUGACCAAAAGGAAGUAUUACCUGCAGGGGUGACCAUUAAACAGGAGCAGAACUUGGACCAGACCUACUUGGAUGAUGUUAAUGAAAUUAUCAGGAAGGAGUUUUCAGGACCUCCUGCCAGAAAUCAGACGUAAAAGAAGCCAUUAUAGCAAGACACCUUCUGUAUCUGACCCCUCGGAGCCCUCCACAGCCCCUCACCUUCUGUCUCCUUUCAUGUUCAUCUCCCAGCCCGGAGUCCACACGCGGAUCAAUGUAUGGGCACUAAGCGGACUCUCACUUAAGGAGCUCGCCACCUCCCUCUAAACACCAGAGAGAACUCUUCUUUUCGGUUUAUGUUUUAAAUCCAGAGAGCAUCCUGGUUGAUCUUAAUGGUGUUCCAUCCAAAUAUUAAGUGCCUGCUGACCAAAAGCACAUUCUGCACAAGACAGGACACUGGAACUCACCUGAGAACAGAGUGACUGGAGCUUGGGGGGAUGGGCGGGGGACAGAAGAUGUGGGUGCUGUGAUUAAACCCCAGCCCUUGCGUUCGUUUUUCCAGGUCACAGAUACAGCUCCUGUACCUUUUGAAGGAAAGGAGUUCUCAGAGCAACCAAAGGAACGUGACCCAAGAGCCCAGCUUACAGGCUGAAGAAACCCAAAACCCUCAAUAGAGACAGAAACUGAACUGUCAGUCCUUAGAGCUCGCCCAGUCCAUGCCACAACUGGGCCACAGCUAAAGCUUUAUUUUUGAAUUCUCAUUCCAAAACCAAACUGUCCUGCCCAGACAAGAUCACCUGUUAAGACUUCUUGGCGUUAAGUUAUGACAUGUAUACGCGUUUGUUAUUAUUAUUUUUUCUGCUUUAAAAGGCUAGCCAGGGCACCUAGCACUGGGGCUGUCUUGGCGAGCUGUUCUUUAACCCCUGCAGCACACAGUCCUGCUAACACAAUUUCCAUAGACUUGGGGGGCUGACCCAGGCUGCAGAGAGCAAGCACCUGUCUGCUGCAGCUGUACAACCUGGAUGCUUUGCGAGGUUCCGGCUUGCUUUCUUCCUAGCAGCCAGAGUGCUUUUCCGUAAAGCAGUGAAGAAUCUCAAGCAUGUGCAUUUCAUUGAGGAAUAGCAGAAGAGCUAAAGUAACCAAGAAAAGAAGUGCGGGUAUUUUUGUUAAGUAAAACAGCCCAAGUGCUUCUGGAGGUGGGUUUCUACCAAGAUAGAGGAAAAGGGCUGAAUUCCCUCUAUAUCCUAAAUUCAAAGUGGGACAGUCGAGCUCGGGAUGCGCUUCCCAGCUUCAUUGGUUAAUUUGACCUGAACCUAUUUAAAGAUCCCUUCUGCCCCUGAAGACCUAUCCGCACUAGAAUUCUAACAUGAAGAAAUCUACUCGAAUGCAUCCUUUACUUUGAAUGAGCUCUGUUCGGUUGCAUGUUAUAUGUGAUUUCCUUCCUCCCAACUGUUUCCACUGAGUGCACCCACAGUCUCCCCUAGUCUUCCUCUGUGGGUGUGAUUUUUGUGAUUUUUACAAACAAAACCCUUGAAGUUCUUGGCAGAUGUGUUUCUGUUUGCAUGUACUGCAGAUACCCCAGGACAAGCGGGGGAUUUAUUUUUCAGCCAUUCAGUUGUUUCCUCAACAAAGUGAAAAUAUUCUUAGCACUCAGACUGUACUUAGAGUGUUUUCUCAGUCCAGUCUGUAGGAAGAAGGCCUCAGAAGAAAGUCGUGGCCACUCAGUGCCCACUGUGGGCUUUGUAAGUCCUGGCUCUCCCGUCAAGGUUACCCAGGGGUAAAAGCUUCCUGGGAGUGGGGCCAGGUGUGCCUGGCACUCCAGAUAGAAGACAAAAUGCUCAGAUUCCUGAGUGGGGCCAGGUGUGCUUGGCACUCCAGAUAGAAGACAAAAUGCUCAAAAUGCUCAGAUUCAGGCCUGUGCACUUGUUUGCAACCUGUUGGUCAAUACGUAGCGUUUAUUUUUCCCUAACAAUGAACGACCUUUCCCUCACCCACCCUAAGCUCAAAGACUUUAGCAAAAUUCUCUUUUAAAUAAACAGAAUGCCAGUAAGAGGUUGACCCCUACCAUAGAACUUCUGGGAUGCUAAAUACUUCCUCACGAACAAAAUAAGUUCUUAUAUAAGUUCCUUAUACUAGCAGCUUCACCUAAAGAAUUUUCUCUCCAGCAAUAUUGACUUCACUGGGGAAAAGCCAGGAGUGUGUGGUGAGUGAUUAGUUCUCACUUGACCUGGCUAGGACUGGCUAGGAGCCAUCUUUUGUACAUGAGGGAAUUUGGGCUUUCCUCAGUUAUCUGAAUGUUUUACCCAAGUGCCUUCCUGCUAUUGUAGCAAAGUAGCUCAGCUUCCUUGUCCACAGGGUGAAAAAGGACUAAUGCAUUUUCCAUCAGUUUUCUAACUAUGUUAGCAAAAAGGGCCUCCUGGUAGCUCAACCUCCUAUACGCAUGUGUGUGUGUAAUACACACACAAAUAAACCCCUCUGUUUUUCUAAGACAUCUUAGCUGGAUAUUAUAGGAAGCACUUUCAUAAACAACUGUACCAAAUCGCAAAGGAAAGAGAAACAAAAGCAUUAGAUUUGAGACAUAAACAGGCAAGAGAAAGUGUAUUAGGAACUGACAGCUAUCAAGGAAGUUUUGUCAGUUACAAAAGCUAGGAGGAAAUUUUGCCAAGAAGGAUGGCUCAUGAAAUAUUUCCAUUAUGGGAAGAGGCAAUAAGAUCCUCUAAGAGAAUGAGAAAGUAGGGGUGUCUAAAUGGUAAAGAUGGGUGUGUUGCACGUGUGUUAGAAGGAUCUCAGUUAAGUGAAGGUUUGCACUUGCUACAUCUAAGUUAAUGUAAAUAGGUAGCACUCUGACAGGUCUACCAUGUUUUGCUGAAUGUAGUAUAUUUGCAAAGUUUGCAAGUCUUCCUGUAUUGUACAAAAAUGCUGCUGCUUGAUAAUAUGUAUAGCAAUCCAGAUUAGUAUGUUAUUAAAUUUUAUUUUCUUACCUGUAUUUUUAUGCUUUUUACCUGUCCUCAAAAUAUUACACCCCUGUUGGAAUUAGAUUUAUAUUUAUAAAUGGUCAUAAA